AUGCGUUCGACUAAUUCCUCUCCCCGCCGGAGGGCUCUUCAUGAACGCACCCCGUCCCAUACGAAUGAAACUUCUCCACCACCAUCCGUACGAGUUGCCAGCGAUAAGCAUGCCGAUCAUGAAGAGUUCCAUGUGUAUACAGCAACUCCAUAUCCAACGAAACCAGAGCAAAUUCUUCUUCCACGCCCGGGGAAGGGCCAAGAGUUUAUUCCAGAUUCCCGCUUUCAUGUCGACGAAGGUCCAAGCCAAUCCUCUGCGACAUACUCGACGGAUCUCAGUCUUACUGGUGACAGCAGCUUGGUUGAUCAAUCAAUUUCUGAUCCUUGGGAUCUCUCAUCGACUUUUGAUGCUGCGAACACACCUCCACCAGUGUGGGAGGAUGACCCCAACUCAGGCAAAUCCUCUUUCCCAACACCUGAUCUACCACAACAUAAAUUAGCCGGCCCCCUGUCCGAUGAUGGCUCCCCCGCUACCUACUCUGAUGACGAGCCGAACUCCCUCCCAAGAAUUGCUCCUACUAUUAAACCCGUGCUCUCUGAGACUGCCUCGCGCCAAGCGUCUGGUUCCGAGAACGUCUCGUCAAGUAACUCAAGCCCCAACUUCAUCCCAAUUGGACCGCCUUCGAGUCCAAAUUUUGUGGCCCUGGAUAGCUCAAGUCUAAACUUUGUCCCCAUCGGCGCUUCCUCUAAUCAGGAUUCUGGGUCUCGCUCCAAUUCGUUGUCAUCUUUGAAUUCAUUGGGAACAGUCAUUAGAUAUGCGGGUGCAGCCCAAUGGACACAUGGCUCAUCAUCUGAACUUGGCGGCUCACGUUCUCACUCUUUCCGCUCAAGCCCGCCUCAUCAGGUCCCCUCAGUACGGUCUAAUUCCACCCGGCCCAGUGUUAGAACUCAUUCUCGAUCCGGAACCUCUUCUUCCCGCAGUGGUCCACCAUCAGAUAUCCAACCGGCCAUUGAUAGCGGAGUGUUCAUUCAGUAUCCAACGAUCCGCGCACCUUCAUCGUCUAGCUCGAGACUCGAUAAUGUAUCACACUCUCCGGAUUCAUCGGAGAAUAAUCUGCAUGAACCACUGAGAGAGUAUUCCUCUGAUCGAUUUAGGUCUCAUCUGUCAAUUGUGCCGUCCCAAUGGUCGGCUGAAGGUGACUCUGGCUUUCCCUCUCCUGCAGACAAUCACUCUGAGAGUAUGUCGGAAGAGCUUUCUCCACCUCCCACUGCUCUGAUGCGCCAGCGACCAACGUCGUCAUCGGUCUGGCUAGUGAACAACAUGGAGGAUGACGACGAAUACCUUGACAAUAUUUCCAGUUUGCCUCCUCGUCCCGCAAAUCCAGGCGUUCCUAAUAGUCAGUCUUCGAGCUCAAGGAGCAGCAGUGUAAGGAGCAACAAGCGACCGGGCACUAGUUCUAGCUUUGUUACGAACAUUCUUCCCACCUGGGCUAAGAUGUAUUAUAGCGCGGAAGACGAGACCGGUAACUCCACCUUGUCCAUGGUGGAGGGUACUCGACCGGCAUCGGCACGUCCGGCAGCUUCUAAUUCGAACCCUCUUCAACGCCUCGCUACUGCUGUUAGUAGAGCUAGGACCUUCACCAAUGAAACGCGCGAAAGUAUACGCUGGAAACCCGACCCCCGGGAUCCUCGAAACCACUGGGUGAAAGCUCCAGAGCCGUCUGUAACAAGAUCUGGGCCGUCUUUUCACCGAUUACGGCACAGUUGGUCGCCUCAUCUCUAUCCUGAUAGGCGGGCUGUUGCACCUAAAUCGAGCGCUUGGCGUGCUCCCUCCAUGGAUUCAAGGACAGAGCCUUUGCUUGGCCGGCGGAACAUUCAAGUAUGGUCCUUUUGCUUGGGAUUCAUAUGUCCACUCACCUGGCUUAUUGCCUCAUUUCUUCCCUUGCCAAAGAAACCGGAGAUGCCAAUGGAGGAAAACUCUGGGCCUCAGCUUGAAACAACACUCCAAAUGCGGCUUUAUGACCUUGAGCGGAAACGACACUUGAACGCUCGGUGGUGGAGAAACCUCAAUCGUUGGAUGAACCCGUUGGGGCUGGUGAUUAUCUCUAUCAUUGUUACACUGGCUGUUGUAGGAACGACAGUGGGCUUUUAA